UAGCUCCUACCUUGCUUUUCAGCAUCCAUCUCAUCCAUCUGAGAACAUGACACCUGUCAUCACGUCGGGACAACACCGCGACAAAUGUGUUCUGCAAUUUCUCCAAUUUCAGAAAUUUCAUGAUAGUGAAUAUUGAAACAAGUAUAUCGUGUCGGAAAACUGAAAAUAGUUCUGUAAAUGCAAUAAUGCAAUGUUUGCGUAGACACCUGGAACUCGAUUGACCUCGCUGGGGUCCACGCUGGCUCCAGUCGGUAAUUUGAUUAAUUGUGGCGAAUUAAUUCUUGGUGGUAGUCAAUAUCGGUGCCAGGAAGCUGGCCUUUCCAUGCUGCCUGUCUUGUCUGUCUGUGCGUCGACGACAUUUGCACUGAAGCACUCUUGCUGCGUAUGUUAGUCUGUUGCUUGUGAUCGAUUCUUGGUAUUUCCGCUGGAUCGAUUAGCUAUCCCACUUCGACUGGCUGGAUUUGGUGGUCGCUUUGAAGAAUUCAGCUUCUACAUGAUACUGAAGCUACUCAAGGGAGCAUAAUCUGUUGCAGCCUUCGGAUACACUAAAUAUGCUGAAGAUGGAUUGUUCUUUAAAUGAAAAUCUGCGUUGAGCUUGUACGGAAAUGAGCAGUCGGGAGUUGAGAAAAUAUCAACAUCUGUGCUCAGAGAGGGAAAUUAACACUGACCGGUGCAUUGAGACAGCAGCUUAGCUCGUCCAUGUCGUUGCGUUAGUCGCUGAAACGAGCUGGUUCUCUUCAAGGACCUUGACAGUAUCACCAAGCACUGGCUCAUUAUUCCUGGUAACAACCUGUGGCAAAUAAUCUGGAGUUCGUACCGUUAUACUGUGGUGGUCUACUGAAGCGACUUGAAGUUUGGGAUACAUACGUUUUUUUAAAAUCAAAGUGCAACGCCUUAGGAGGGCUUUAUCUUGGAUGCAAUCAAAGCCGUAAAUUGUAGCAGUCUGUGGAGCUUCUCCAAUGUGCCCUUUUUGAAGGUCAACUUCUGCAGUGAGUGAAAGUUGUAGCGAUGGAUGAGUCAGCAAGUGGGCCUGCUGGCCUCAUGCGCCGUAUUGUUCAGCUGGAAAAAGAAAGAGAUGAGCUGCAGCGUGAUAUUGAGACUCUUUGUAUGCAGCAGUCAGGAUUCUCCGGCAGUAUUGACAUCGUCUCACGCAUUCAAGCUCGAAGGGCUGCUGGUUUCGAACAGGAGCUGGAGACAUGCAAGCAGAAACUUGCUGUUGUCACCCAGGAGAACCUUAGUCUGCAAGAAGAGCUCGCCGAGACAUACCGAGCUAAGGGCCGGGUUGCUGACGCGUUCAAGGGUGCUAUGGACAAGAACAAGGAGCUUGAAAAAGAAGUGAAAUUCUAUCAAACCAGAAUGGCUGGAGCAUUUUCUGAAAGGGACAAGGCACUUAUGGAGGUUGAGAAGCUACAUAGUUCUGAGACUUCGUUGGUGGAUGAGGUUAAGGAGCUUCACAAAAGGUUAAUGCAGGCCAACGUAGAGUGCAGUGAACACGAAAAGAGUUACCUGGAUCUUCAAGAAAGUAUCAAACCUGUAUACGCAGCGAAUGAGAAGCUGCAAAUGGUUGUGGACAAGUUCUGGCUACUCCGACAAAAUGCAAGAGAGGACAAGGAUGAAUGUGAAGAUCCACUGAACAGAGCGCAAAUACUGCUUGAAGAUGAGGUCAGCAUUUGGACCUACGGGUUUAUGGUUGACCCUAAAUGGCAGGAAGAUUGUAAGGCGGCAGAGGUCAAUUUGGCGCGAGCUGAGGAAAAGUUUGUACGUGCAGAAGAAAUUUCUAACACGCUCAGACUCCAGCUGGAAGAGGAAAUUUUGAACCGAAAACAGUUUGAAGAGAGGCUUGGGCUUACCGAAGCUGCGUCAGCAAAUUUCAAGCUCCAGAUUGAAGAUGAAAUUAAUGCUCGAAGACUGGCAGAACACAAUGCUUCUGUAUAUUCAGAUCACUUGGCGAAGCUCAAAACAAAUUUCCAAAGUGAUCUGCAGCAGUUGCAAGGUCAGCACCGCAUGUUAAUAACAGAUGUGUCAGCUAUACUUCAAGAUGAGAGGACACAAAUGCUCCUAACAUCGGAGGCUUUAUUAUCUGAAAUAGAGAAAGAGAAAGAGAAAGAGAAAGUUGAAACGGCACGAGUAGAGACGUUGGUCGAGUUGCAGCACGAACCGGAGACAAGUGAGGUGGAGGUUACUUCAGAAGUGAGGCUCUCGAGCCCUCAUCUAGAGAAUGAACCAUCCCAGGUCACGAGCACAAGCAGGGAAGAAGAGGCUCUUCGCGACGCGAAUGUAUGGACAAAUAUGGAUGAUGAGAGCAAGAAAAUCCUUGCUCAGGCAUUACAAGAGAAGGUUGAAGCACUGCUUCUGCUAUCUCAGCAAGAGGAAAGACAUUAUCUGGAAUCAGCAACAAAGUCAGCUCUUGAGAGUCAAGUUACAGAGCUAAAGCAGAAGCUUGCACAGGUCACUGGUGAAAAAGUAAGUGCUCUUAUGGACCUAGCUGAGCAACGAAACGAAGUGCAUUAUCUUCAAGAACGAGAAAGGGAACUUGCACAACUACUCGAGCAACACAGGAGUACCAACGCCGGUGGAAGAUUGCUUCCUGCGACCUGGUCAGAGUCCAAGUUACAGGUUAUGCCUGAUGACUCCAGCAUUUUACCAGCCCUUCAAGAUAAACCUGUGGUGAAUCAUAAGCAACCUAGUACAGCCACUAGGGGUUAUCUCAAGACUUGGUUGCGAGGAUUGGAUAUCUCAUCAUCACCGUUCAAAUCUAUCGCUGCCAAUGGAAAUAAAGCUGUUACCCCUCCUGUCACUAUAUCGACCCGUCCGAGUGAUGACUCGAAUAACGGUGUUGCAAGGCUGCUGGUGGAGAAUGCAGCUCUUCAAGAGCGUGUGGCCAGUGUGCAACAUUUGGCACAGUCAGCACACCGCCUUCGUAUGAUUCUCGUCAAAGUUGCAACUGACUUGGAAGGGGAGCCUGAACCAAAAUCUAUACAGGCAGCCAUGGAUGUUGUGGAAACAGUGAAGGCAGAGGCCAGAAGGCUGAAAGUUGCUUUAGGAUGUUCGCUUCCUGUGAGCUAUCAAGGACCUCUUGAAAAUAGUCCUGAAGACCUGUAUGUUGUACCUUUGACAGAGGGCUUAGAGGUGAGUGAGGGUCAAACAAACGUUGCGUUAGAUUCAGUAUCCUUGGCCGGCAUAGAAAUUGCGGAGCUUCUGCUUGCUACAUCUGAACUUCAAAGAUCUGCUCUUCUUUGUAGGUUGGAUUCCCCUCAUACUGUCAAAACUUAAGAGUUAGUAAACGAUCACUAGUUGAACUGUAUUGAAAUUACGGUUUGGAGAGGUGCUAUCGCUGGAGUUCUACACCGAAAGUUUUCCAUGAAUUGUGAUUAUCCAGUAAUUGAAUCUGAAUAUAGCAGCUUGCUUCUGAUUGAGAAGGGCUGAGCAAUCUUUGCAAUCUCGUCACUUUCUCGC